AUGAGGGAAAUCGUGCACAUCCAAGCUGGACAAUGCGGGAAUCAGAUUGGGGCGAAGUUCUGGGAGGUGAUAAGUGACGAACAUGGCAUAGACCCCACUGGGAGCUACCAAGGUGACAGUGACUUGCAACUGGAGAGGAUCAACGUGUACUAUAAUGAAGCUUCCGGGAGCACAGGCAGUAAAUAUGUCCCUCGUGCCAUCCUGGUGGACUUGGAGCCUGGCACCAUGGACUCGGUUCGCUCCGGUCCGUUUGGGCAGCUGUUCCGACCAGACAACUUUGUAUUUGGUCAAAGUGGAGCUGGCAACAACUGGGCAAAGGGCCACUACACUGAAGGUGCCGAGCUCGUAGACUCUGUCCUGGAUGUGGUUCGUAAGGAGUCCGAGAACUGCGAUUGUCUGCAGGGUUUCCAGCUCACUCAUUCACUGGGAGGGGGCACCGGCUCUGGCAUGGGCACCCUCCUCAUCAGUAAAAUCCGAGAGGAGUACCCCGAUCGCAUCAUGAACACCUUCAGCGUCAUGCCGUCCCCCAAAGUGUCCGACACCGUGGUGGAGCCCUACAACGCCACACUGUCUGUGCACCAGCUGGUCGAGAACACCGACGAAACCUUCAGCAUCGACAACGAGGCCUUGUACGACAUCUGCUUCCGCACUCUCAAACUGACCACCCCGACCUACGGCGACCUCAACCACCUGGUGUCCGCCACCAUGAGCGGGGUCACCACCUGCUUGCGUUUCCCCGGGCAACUCAACGCCGACCUGCGCAAACUGGCCGUCAACAUGGUCCCCUUCCCUCGCCUGCACUUCUUCAUGCCCGGGUUCGCACCCCUGACCAGCAGGGGGAGCCAGCAGUACCGCGCCCUCUCCGUGCCCGAGCUCACGCAGCAGAUGUUCGACGCCAAGAACAUGAUGGCAGCCUGCGACCCACGCCACGGCCGCUAUCUCACCGUAGCUGCCAUUUUCCGUGGGCGUAUGUCCAUGAAGGAAGUGGAUGAGCAGAUGUUGAGUGUGCAAAACAAGAACAGCAGCUACUUUGUGGAAUGGAUCCCCAAUAACGUCAAGACAGCCGUGUGCGACAUACCUCCUCGCGGUCUCAAAAUGUCCGCCACGUUCAUUGGCAACAGCACGGCCAUUCAGGAGCUGUUUAGGCGCAUUUCCGAGCAGUUCACAGCCAUGUUCCGACGAAAGGCCUUCCUGCACUGGUACACCGGAGAGGGCAUGGAUGAGAUGGAGUUCACCGAAGCAGAAAGCAACAUGAACGACUUGGUGUCCGAGUACCAGCAGUACCAGGACGCCACCGCGGACGAGAUGGGAGAGUACGAGGAAGACGAGAUGGAGGACGAAGAGGAAGUGCGUUCCGAUGUCCGCCAUUGA